AUGCGUCUCAUCCUCUUUGUGCUUCCUAAGGUGCUUCCUAAGGUGCUUCCUAAGGUGCUUCCUAAGGUGCUUCCUAAGGUGCUUCCUAAGGUGCUUCCUAAGGUGCUUCCCAAGGUGCUUCCUAAGGUGCUUCCCAAGGUGCUUCCUAAGGUGCUUCCUAAGGUGCUUCCUAAGGUGCUUCCCAAGGUGCUUCCUAAGGUGCUUCCCAAGGUGCUUCCUAAGGUGCUUCCUAAGGUGCUUCCUAAGGUGCUUUCCAAGGUGCUUCCUAAGGUGCUUCCCAAGGUGCUUCCCAAGGUGCUUCCUAAGGUGCUUCCUAAGGUGCUUCCUAAGGUGCUUCCCAAGGUGCUUCCUAAGGUGCUUCCUAAGGUGCUUCCUAAGGUGCUUCCCAAGGUGCUUCCUAAGGUGCUUCCUAAGGUGCUUCCUAAGGUGCUUCCUAAGGUGCUUCCCAAGGUGCUUCCUAAGGUGCUUCCUAAGGUGCUUCCUAAGGCCAUCCACAGAGCAGGUCGACGACUUUCUGACUGA